UAAGAGAAGCCUUUAGUGGGUGCUUGAUGUUGUAAUGUAAGAUACAUACUAUACCUUGUGACUUGGAAAAUAAAAAAAGGCCCCAAAGAAGGUUUAAUUGCAUAAUGUAGACUGGAAGAUGUGGCAGUGGAUGGAUGCUGUGAUAACGGGAUAUUCCACGAUCGAUUGGUCUCUCCCGAUUAUUAGAUUAAAACUGAACAAGUUGUUAAUAAGUACAUUAUUUUAAUUUAAACUGGAGAGCUUUCUCCUCUCUCUUUCAGUCUCUCUCUCUCUCUCUCUCUCUCUCUCUCUUCCCUACCUUCGUCUUUCUCUCCCUCCACCUUUCCCCCCGUCUCUCUCUCUCACUUGACAUCUAAUAGCCAAUGAUUAAUAAAUCAAUCUGCACUAGUGGUGUCGCCAAACAAAGCAAUCUCUCUCUCGCUCGCUCACUCACUCUCAGCCUUCCUUUCACUUAUUGCAACAUAAUGCAUUUUCAUAAAUUCUGAUGCAGAACCAUUCAUGUCUUGGCUUACAAAGAUGGUGGUCUAGUGUUUGGGACUAUUUUAUUUUCUCAGCCUUUAUCUAAAGAACAGGAAAAACAAUACAAUUAGAUCAGGCCCGUUGCAUGCAUUGUUGGAGAGUAUCGUGUUUUAAGAAUGGACAACAUUUUUGUAGAUACAUGCUUUAUCACACAAGCCCCUCUGUUGAGUGAUUAGAUGUCUGUAUACUUGAUAUAUUAUAAUAUUAUGGUUCCAAAAUUGUGGCAAAUAUUUAAUAAAUAUUACUUGGUACAUUUUAUGACUGGUACAGUAUGAAAAGUUCAAAUAUCCUGUAAACAUGUGACUGUGACUUGGUUGAACUGGCAUCAUAAGUAAGGGGAGGUGGGGUUUCAGGGGGUCAUCUGACCCCCAGCCAUCGCUGGAGCAAAUCUUCACAUUCAGGAAAAAACUAUGGAUGUGUUCGGACAAAAUGAGCUGCCCUGAAAACUUUCACCAGGUAUCCCUGGAACCUUGUAAGCUAUCGCCGCCCGACGUAGUAAUUCUAGAAGACACACAGUCCUUCAUGCUAGCCGGCGAGGCGCAGACAAUCGUACAAGAAGAACACGGCAAUUGUUUGAAAUGCAAGAAAUGUUCCUGUGUCUUUAUGACUCGCUGGGAACUCAAACAGCACGCGCGGAUGCACCACCGAGAGACGUGUUACUGCAACAUCUGUGGUCGGAGGUUUGAUUACAAGCGCUCGCUGCGAGAACACAUGCUGAAUCACGAGGGGAAGAGAAAGUUUCCCUGUCCGUACAACACAUGUGGAAAGAGCUUCGCCAGAAAGGCUCACAUGUUGGAUCAUCUGAAUGGCCACUCCGGGAUCAAGCCGUACACGUGUGACAGGUGCCACAAACAGUUCGGAGGAAAGUACACGUUCCUUGGCCACGUCAAGCAGUGUAAGAAAGGUGGACAUUAAAAACAAAAAAUGUGUGUGGUGUCUACAAAAUGUGCUUGUUCCGUGGUAUGAGAUAUUGCAGAGUGAAUUUCACGAGGUCUCUUUGGACUUGUGAUUGAGGUCAGCAGAUGUUAUGGAGAUGGAAGUCUUCAGAUUGCCUUUCAAAAACCGAUUGCCAUUCAGAAACAGUCUUUAGAUGUUUGAGUUUCAAAGAGGAGUUUAAGAAGAAGGAAAAAAGUAUCGUCUCAUUUUAAGGUUUCGAAAGACCGAGGCUACUUUCGCAAGAUGUAUUCCCCUUCGGCCCUGCAUGAUGCCUACUUGGCCAUCAGGGACGAAGGCAUGUCGAUCCGGGCAGCUGGGCGCAGAUUCAAUGUACCUGAGGCUACUGUC